AUGGACGCGUUCGUUGCGCACGUCUUCGGCGAGCGCGAUACCUAUUCGUUUAGCACAUCCGUGCCAUUGCGAUGGCUCGUCUGGCUGCGGCCGUCCACGAGCAGUCCGGUAGCCAUUACGCUUACGGUCUGCGUCGGCGUCGACGGCGCGACCAAGUGCUUUGAGAAGCAGCUUCUGGCGACCGAGCUUCAAGCCCAUAUGCAAGAGCUGGGCGUCAAUGGCGAUCUCGGCAUGUUUGCUGCGCCUUUCAAGACGGCGCUCGAGUCGGCGGCGAAUGUGAGCUUGAGUGUCGAAGACAAUGGCAGCGCUUGUGUCAACGUCACGUACCUCUUUGGCCCAUCCUUGCUUCGCCGAGGCCAAUUCAUCUUGGACGCUGGGCAAGUCCUACCGGAAGCAGCCUAUGCACUGCUCGCCGACCUGCAUGGCCUUCGCACCGAGAGCGCCGAGGAUGCUCGUCUUCGUCGGAUGCGACGGUCGGCCUCGCUGCAGCCGACGACCGCCUCGGUACCCCUCAGCUUCACCACGGCGCCAGCCAUCACGAGCUCGACGUCGUCUGCGCCCAACCCGCUCAAGCGCAAGGCGGCGCUUCCCAUGGGCGCGAGACGCAAGGGCAGCCGCGGUGUCAAGCUCGCCUUCGCCGACGACGACGACGCGGCUUAA